GUAAUUUUCCUUACUGGAGCACUCCUCGUCCAUGAAACAUUCAGUUACGGCGAAUUCGGAGAGGAAGAUCUCAAUGAGUAUAGAAAAUCGAAAGCAGAGCAAUUACGCCAAUGGUUGGAAACAUUACUGAAGCAAGAAGAAAGUCAGCAAGCACCACCACUCAAAAAACCAAGAAAAAAAUUGUCAGAAAACAAACGAAAAACUUCACCAAGCAGACAAAGCAUGCCCAUUGAAGCGAACAGUUCUAUCACUGAUGAUGAGAUGCGUGAGCAAGAAAAACUGAGAUGGGAACAACGUCUCGACAACUAUAGCAGAACGGAUCACGGCUUUGGUUUUGGCGCCGAGGGUCUACUUUUCCUGGGCCCUCCUGUUCUUCGAGGACGACAGGAGUUUAAGUGA